CCACCACUCGACUGAUGUACCCGAACUUGGAUGUCCGACACCUGAUCCGUUCGGUCGCUCCAUAGACUAGGCAGGGAAGUACCAAAGUGAUCCAAUAAACAUACAAAUGCGAUGCAAUUAACGAAGGACUCGGUGGAAGAGUAGGAGUUUACAAUUAUAUCCCAGGGGAAUAGUGCGGAAUGCUGAGAAUGAUACGAGUUUGAUGGGACGGGAGAUUUUGGAGCUCCAUGCCCAAAUGGCCAAUUAUCUGCAGAGCUGUUCGAAUUUGGUUUUCACGUUGUGAUACGCACCGCGUUCUGGUUCAGAGGAAGGAUAGCCUACUCAUGCAUUCUGCAUGAAAACACCUGAAUAAGGUAGCUCUCAACAUUGAGUGUAGGCUACCAUUGACUGUCAACUCUAAAAAGACUACAGGUUCCAAUGGAGCACAGGAAGCAGAAGUUGAGUUCGCACAAGGGCUUCGUUCGCGUGUUUGAGAUGCGCGGAACUCGUCCAAUACUUUUUCUACUAGUGCUGAUGUUGGUAGGGUUGGAUGGGGUCGGCGGACUCCCGACGACGUGUAGAAGUAAAACGGGAGCUGUUGGGCUGUCUGUGGAGUCCCUGAGCUCUGUGAAACAUCAUCCUGUGACGGGAGCGGCAUUGAGCCGCUCCAAACGCUACGCCAUCAACCCACUGGGCCACAAGUGGAAGCAUUUCAACCUCACCUACAAGAUCGUGAAGUUUCCCAACACGCUGAACAAAGAUGACACCCGCAAGGCCAUCAGCAUUGCGUUCUCCAAGUGGAGCGACGUGUCCCCUCUCUACUUCGCUGAAAUCACAAACCCCAACAAGAGUGCUGACAUUAUCAUCGGUUUCUACACGUGGAACCACACAGACUGCUGGUGGUCUCCAUUGCACCCCUGUUUUGAUGGGCUAAAUGGGGAGUUGGCCCAUGCUUUCCUGCCCCCGCGCGGGGAGAUCCACUUUGACAACCACGAGUUCUGGAUCCUGGGGAAGUCCCGCUUCAGCUGGAAACAAGGUGUGUGGUUGAAUGACCUGGUACAGGUGGCGGCUCAUGAGAUCGGGCACGCCCUGGGGCUGUGGCACUCGCGUGACCCCCAGGCCCUGAUGCACCCCAAUGCCACCUACACGGGCCAGAGGAACAUUGCCCAGGACGACAUCUGGGGAAUCCAGCGCCUCUAUGGAUGCAUGGACAAGAAGCGCGUGUGUGAUCCAUGGGCUCGCCUUGGCUUCUGCGAAAGGAGGAAGAGCUUCAUGAAGAAACACUGUGCCCGCCGCUGCGACCUCUGCUAUGAACCUCUUGAGGCCGUUACCACGCCAACUCCACUGCCUGCCAAUGUCAAGAUCAAGAUGGUUCCUCGUGGAAAGGUUGUGGGCUUCCGCUGUGGGACGAAGAAUCCUAGAUCGCCUCCCAAAGUCAGCUGGUACAAGGAUGGAGAGCAGCUCCUGAUCUCUAUCCCCGGCUACAUCAUCAUGAAGGAUCGCGACCUCCGCAUUGUCGCCAACGAGUUUAACGAGGGCACUUACACCUGUCGCGUCCAUCGUAGCGGCAACGUGGUCUCUGCAAACUCCUGGGCCAUCCGGCUGAAGCCUGAACAGCCUUCCAACAGCUGAGCUGAAUGGAGUGAGUGAGGGAAGGGAAAGGAAGAAUGAGAGCAUGGAAGGAAAGAAUGAGGCAUGGAGGAAAAGAGGAUGAACCCACAGCUGUGCCACCUGUGCCUCACCGCUAGCCGCAGUGGAAUACAGGUGGCAACAAUUACAAUAUUAAAAGUGAACUCAGCAAUAUGACAUUAUCAUACCAGCAGGACGACUUCCUUACAAAUAUUAACCUGAUAAUUCAAAUCUGCCAAGACUGCCACAUAUUGGACCUUAUUCACGCAGGGGUUGUGAGCUUUCAAAAUACAGCCUUGCGUGAUAAAACACAGAAAACAGAAAACCUUCCUUAAAUUUAACCUUAGAAUCAACAGAUAAUUGACCAAUGGAAACAACCCACUAGUCUAGAGCCAAUAGUGUCAGUCUUGGCACAUCGAAAUUCUGUUGUUAAUGUCUGUAAACAGGAAGUUGCCCCGGUUUGUAGGAUGAUGUCAUAUGGUUAAGUCUACCUUUAAGCAGGCUGUACUCUGACAGUCCUCUCUUGAAUCCAGGUCAUAAAUGGAAUAGAUCCCAGCACUCAACCUUAAACUUCAUUCAUCAUCAAGGACAUCAGACUUUAAGAUCCAGACAGAGAAUACUAGCUUUGCUCACCCUUUAAAUGUGAUGACUGUCGUUUCUAUGCUGUUGUUGUAUUGAUAUAUCUCACUUUGUUAAAAUGUCUAGGGCAGAGUUGAUAUCUCUAGAUCCUGUGUCAUUCAAAACUGUAUAGUAAUUUGUUUUGAGAUAAAGGGUGUAAGUAUGAUGCAGCUAUCACUGUGUGCUUAUGGAAAAUAUUCUCUCCCUUGCACUGUCUUCUAUUACUUGCCUUACAUUUAGAUGGAAAAAUGCAUUAAAUUGGGAUUUUAUUUCAAAAAAAUGUAUUUAUUCGCACACCAGAGUCAAUACUUGGUGGAAGCACCUUUAGCAACAGUUUUACCCACUUUUUGAAUGUCUCCACCAACUUUGCUCUCACAGUACUGUCACAGAUUUCUAUGCAGAUUUAAGUCAGAAAUGAUACUAGGCUAGGGCACUCAAGCCCGGUUUAUACCUGGUUCUAACAUGCAUCCUGAUCUUGCCCACAUUCUGAUUAUGCCCACAUUUUCAGACAUGCGUCUACAUGGUAUUAAACUGUCUUAUCCGUCCACUUUGGGCACAAUCAGAAUGUGGAAAAGGGGCUCGAUUCAAUACGUAGAGCUGAAGAUCUGCACUACAACGCAAUUUAAAUUUAAAGGCAAUGUUCCUGCGUUCGCAGAGACUGCAUUCACGGUAAACGCUGCAUAUGUUGGCUCAAUCUGAAGUUACCUUUAAAUUGAAAUAGUGCUGUAACAGGGAUCUUCAGCACUACAGAUUGAAUCAAGCCCAAGAUCAGGACAAAGGACGCAUGUUAGAACCAGGUAAAAACGGGGUUUCGGAGACAUCAAACAUCUUGGCAAGUCACUCCAGUGUAGCAUUGGUCUUAUUUUGGGUUAUUGUCCUGGUGAAAUGUGAAACUCUUAUCCAGUGUCAGGUGUUCAACAGACUGAAAAUGUUUUACCUGGGCUUUGCACCAUUUUUCUUUUGACCCUGCUAGUAUUGUGGAGUGACUGCAAUGUUGGUUAUCUUAUUUCCCCCAUCUGAGCCAAGGAACUCUAGCUAUUUUACAAUCACCAUGGCCUCACGAUGACAUUGCAUUACCUUCCUCUCCGGCAGCUCAGUUAGGAUAGACGGACAGAUCUUUGUAGCGUCUGGGUGAUAUGAUAAAUCAUUCACAGCUUAAUUAUUAAAUUGACCAUGCAUAAAGGACCCUCCCCUGAUCUGUACCUGCCUACAAAUGUAUUAAUGAGAUGUUCUGAAAGCUCCAGGGUAGCUUUGAGGUUAAAUCUUUGCUUGAAAUCUAUUAACCAACUGAGGGACCUUACAAAGAUGAGUAUUUAUUCUGAAAUAAUGUUAACAAAUAUUGUUGCACACAGAGAUGGACUCCAUUCCAUUUAUUUAGUAACUUGUUAAGGACAUUACUGCAAUUUUGAACGGAUUUAGGUUUGCCACAGCAAAGGGGGUGAAUACGUAUGCAUUCAAGCACAAAUUCAUUUUAGAACAUUUCUAUAGUUUGUCUCUCACUUUGAAAAUGUGGUGUAGGAUGUGCAGAUCAGGGAAAAUAAAAUGCCAACGUUAUUCAUUUUUAUAUUUAAGGCAACAUGUGAAAACUGUGCAAUUGAAGUGAAUACUAUUGCCUAUGAUGUUUCUGUACCAUGUUAAAUGGUUUGGUAUAUAUUGUAGAAAAAUGAGAUUUCAGAUAUUUUCACUCCUGUGUAACCAGAACUGCAUAUGCACCAACACCACUUUAUACGUUGAAGUCGGAAGUUUACAUACACCUUAGCCAAAUACAUUUAAACUCAGUUUUUCACAAUUCCUGACAUUUA